AUGGGCGCAGACGGCCAGGACAUCGAUGUCGGCGACACGGUCGAUGUCCCUGGAGGCAUGGUCGGCGUCGUCAAGUUUGUCGGCAGCAUUCGCGGCAAGCAAGGCGUCUUCGCCGGAGUCGAACUCAGCAGAGAAUAUGCGGCGCGGGGCAAGAACAACGGCGCAGUCGACGGCACCCAGUACUUCGACACCUCGGUCCCCGGCUCCGGCAUCUUCCUCCCCGUCCACCGCGCGCAGAAACGGGUGUCAGGAGGCUCGUCUGACUUUGCUCCCGAACCCGUCACCCCGUCGUACCCCAACUUUAGUCUUUCCACCACCGACAAGCCCAACUUCAGUCCUGAGGCCCACAGGGCCAAAUUCUCCCAGUCCGUCGGGCCCGGCGUCCGCGCGACUAGCCCGCAAGCAAAGUCCAGCCUGGGCCGCUCCCUCGCACGCGCAGAGUCGCCGUAUCGUCAGAAGUCAGGCUUGAGUGCGGCGCCCGCACGCAACGGCGCCCGCACACCCUCUGGCUUCUCCAAGAGCGCAAUCGGCGCACCCCCGCGCUUCGCAAGCCCGGCCCCUCCUCGCUUUGCCAGUCCCGUGCCCAAGGUUCACCCUCCGCAAAAACCACGAACACCAGGCCCCCAGCGAACCUAUUCGCGGAGCAGCUCUCGCGUUGACCACCAAGAUACUAUUGAUGAAGACCUCGAGACCACUCCGGUCGGCGCCGCGCGCACGAGCAAUGACUCCAUAUCCAGCUACAAACACCGCCGCCCGGGCUCGCGGCUCGGCUCGGCUCCAAAUGAAGAGGUCCAGCGUCUACAGGCUCUCUUGGAUGAGCGGGAAAGGCAGCUUAAAGAGCAGGCUACGUCAUUGAGUGAGAUGGAGGCCAGUCUUGCCGAGAUCCAGAGCCUGAUACCAGAAGACGGAAUGGAUAUGGGAUCGGCGCAUGGAAGCAACGAGCCCAGUGAUAUAGCGCAACUGAAAGCACUUCUCCGCGAGAAGAACGAGAAGAUUGCCAUGCUCACGUCCGAGUUUGACGCACACCGCUCCGACUUCAGGAGUACUAUUGAUACCCUUGAACUAGCGAGCACCGAGACGGAGCGCGUAUACGAAAAGAAGGUCGAGGAGCUGAUGGAAGAGCUGCGGGAAUACCAGUCUCGUAGCGAUGAUGUCGAGACUGUUGCCAUGCAGUUGAAGCAAUUGGAGGAACUCGUGCAAGAGCUGGAAGAAGGCCUGGAAGACGCACGACGAGGCGAAGCAGAGGCCCGAGGAGAAGUCGAGUUCCUUCGAGGUGAAGUGGAGCGUGGCCGUUCAGAACUUCGUCGCGAGCGCGAAAAGGCGGCUGCUGCCCUAAAGGGCGCGGGCGCAAUGGUCGAUGCGCCCCAAGGCCCAGGGCAAAGAGAAGUUGAGCAACGAGACGACGAAAUCCGAGGACUCAAGGCUAUUAUCCACUCCUUGAGUUCUGGUGGAGAUGACCGCGUCCGUUCACCCAUAGCACAAGUCUCUGUGGACGCUGAAGAGCUUCAACGAGCAAAGGCAAACGUUGAACGCUUGGAGCGCGAAAAAGAAGAACUCCGUGGCCUUGUAGAACGCAAAGCAUAUAGAGAAGAGGAACUGGAGCGUGAGAUUGAAAAGCUCAAGAGUCAGCUCGGUCUCGUCGAGCAGCGCGACAGCAUGAUCAGCAACGGUAUGACCGAAGUUCCAGCCGCCCCAGUAAAAUCAUCAGAGCGCGACUCCAAAGACACAGUCAUGAACUGGAAGGACUCGGCACAGCACUCUCGACACGACACGCCCCCCGCUCUCGCUAUCAUGCCAGAGUCUGACGGCCGGUCAUCCGCCAACAGCAGUCAUCUGUGGUGCGAGAUCUGCGAGACAGGUGGUCACGACAUCCUCAACUGCUCGUCCAUGGGCGGUGACGCUUCAUCCUACUCCCAAGCCGACGACCACACCCGCCACAACAAAGACGUCGUCAUCGAGGGUCUCCGCAGUCUCUCCGUCUCAGACCGUCGCCCCUCGAUUCUUACCCCCUCUAAGGCGCCCGGCAGCGCCCCAACCGCCCCUCUGCCCAACCCCUCUCUCGACACCUCAAACUCCGAUCUCGUCCCCCCGAAGGGCGCCGCCAUUGCCGACCCAGAUAAAUGGUGUGCCCUGUGCGAGAGUGAGGGCCAUGACGUUACGGCCUGUCCCAACGAAGAUGCUUUCUAG